GUCCACACCUGAAAGAGAUAAAAUCGGAGCAGAGUCUGCGUCGCCGCCCGCUCCUUGCCUCCCAGGGACUCGGGGGUACCAUUCCUUUCUUCCACUCCCUCAUUGUCGGCCCCGUAGUCCACUCCCUUCCCAAAAGUCGCCUCUCAUCCACAUUCUAGUUCAAGAGAGCUGGCCAUUUUCUGCUCUCUGCAAAUCCCUCAUCCAACUAAGCAAAGUUGUCUGAGAGGAAUCAGGAUAAAGGAAGGUUCAGGUCUAGGGUCCUCGGACAACCAGGGGCUCCGUGACAAUAAGUGACAGCUGGACAAUCUAGGGAUAUCCACCUCUCCACGUUCGGUUUCCUUCGUCUCCUCUGACCCAGGGUAAUGGGAAGCUAGAGGGACGCGGAGGAGGAAAGGGGAGAGUGUCCAUGCCUAGGGCGUGGGGGUGCCCUAAGUCCGAAGCGGCGGUGACAGCAGUCAGCAGCGAGCCACUCUUACAUGGAAGGUCAUCCUGGGCUACGCAAUGGGGUGCGGCCCCGGGCCGCUCCCGGCGUAGGGCAUUGCGGAGGAAGGGGUGUCCCCAGGCUAGGACAGGGCGGGUUUCCGUCCGCUGGACCCGCGUAGGAAGAUUCGGCGGUGCGGGGCCCAGUCACAGCACUCAGUCUCAGGUGCAAACAGAUGGUUCGGCUGCGCGCGACGAACUGGCGGGGGGUGGGCACCCUGCUGGGACCACCCCUGCGGACCCCGGACCUAAGCACUCCAAGAGGCCCGCAGCGGCUGGAGAAUUUACUGCUCUCGCGAGGUUUACAGAGAUCCGGUCCCAGCGCCUGCAUAUGUGGUUGCUAAGGUAACUGGGCGGCGCCAGUGAGAGCGGGAAGGGGGUGUAUGUUGAAUUUUUGCCUGCUAACCUGGUGGACUUCAGGAGUGGCCAUCCCUGAGCUUCCAGCCCUAGAGACCAAGGCCUCUGCUCCAGGAGGUGCCCUUACCUCUGGGAGCCAUGGGCCGGAUCUCGGGGCUUGUGCCCUCUCGCUUCCUGACGCUCCUGGCGCAUCUGGUGGUCGUCAUCACCUUAUUCUGGUCCCGGGACAGCAACAUCCAGGCCUGCCUGCCUCUCACUUUUACUCCUGAGGAGUAUGAGAAGCAAGACAUUCAGCUGGUGGCAGUGCUCUCUGUCACCCUGGGCCUCUUUGCAGUGGAGCUGGCUGGUUUCUUCUCAGGAGUUUCCAUGUUCAACAGUACCCAGAGCCUCAUCUCCAUAGGGGCUCACUGUAGUGCAUCUGUGGCACUAUCCUUUUUCAUAUUUGAGCGUUGGGAAUGCACCACGUACUGGUACAUUUUUGUCUUCUGCAGGUACAGUAACAUCCGAUGUUUGGGGAUGAGUGCCCUCCCAGCUGUCACUGAAAUGGCAUUAUUCAUCAGCGUCUUUGGAUUGAAAAAGAAACCUUUCUGAUAACCUUCAUGGGAGCGUAGAGAAGAAGGCUGGAGGGAGCAAGGGACCAUUCACCGUUCCUGGAAGGAGGAAAGCAAAGUCGUCAGCCUUCCCUAAAACUGCAUUUGGUGAAAGAUUUUAGUGUUAGAGUAAUUAUCUGUCGAGUCUGGGAUUAUAAGCAUUUAUUUAGUGCUUUGUAAUAAAACCUAUUUUAGAGUAGGAUCAAUGCUUACAAAAAUUUCAGAGAAUUGGGGUAGCCAGACUGCUAGAGAAACGGAAGGCUGUUUUCCUUGCAGACUGGAUCGCUUUUUUGGUUAUUACGGUAGACGUCUGGCGGAAGGGAGUGGGCGGAGAUAUGUAAAUAAUGCCAACGGUUACUACAGCAAGCUCGUGGAGUGGGGCAUUCUGGGAGGUUAGUUUAUCCCUUUUGGCAGUCAAAUGGAAAAAAAUGUGUAUUUUAAAAAGAUCUGCAAAUAAAUGUAGCAAUAGAAAUGGAAGAAUCUGAAUAUUUUAGGUAGCUCUGGCUAACGCGUUAUGUACUCACCCUAGAUUAUAGCGGGAUCUUUUUCACUGAAUAUGGUCAAUGCCGUUGGUUAACGGUUAUCGUCAGGUAGGAUAAUCCUUACCUGUUCCUCCUCUUUGGAGGGCAGAUUAGAACAUGAUGAUUGGAGUUCGCAUGACUCGUGAUUAACGGCUCAGCGUAAUCAGGACUUGCAACACCCUGAUUGCUCCUUUCUGAUUCUUCCUGA